CCACUGCGAGACAAAAAAAAUACUAUAAUGAAGUUAGUUGUCUUGUUUCUUUUUGUUAUGUUAAUAAGGGAUUUAUUUAUCCGAAGUAUGACGGAAAGGGCCGAGAAGAUGCGAUUGAUCCGUUAAAAUGGAGUCUCACAGUCAUCACAACAAGAAAACAGUCGGUAAAGAUAUUUGGUUUGUAUUCAUCAGCGUCUCUGUGGUAACGAUGUUAGAUUUUGGAAUCAUUUUUGCUUUUGGUGCACUGUUCGUGGACAUGAUGGAAACAUUUGAGUCAGACCGAGCUUCAACGGCAACAGUUCAGUCACUUUUAAUCGGCAUUUCUCUAGGAUUUAGUAUAGUAAGUGGUGCACUCAUAUCAAGAUUCGGACUUCCGGCUGUCACAUGGAUAUCAUCAUGUUUGGUUCCUCUGGGAUUCAUUCUCUCAUUUAUCGUGCCACAAAUCCAGUAUUUGUAUGCCACCAUAUCAAUUAUUUCAGGAGCCGGUAUCUCCAUGAUACACGUAAUGAGUAUAGUUUUCAUUCAGCACAACUUCCCAACAAAUCUACAGCCCAUAUGUUUCGCUAUACACGGUACUGGUGUAAAUAUAGCUGGUAUGAUAUAUCCGUUACUCAUAGAGAAGCUGUUAGAUAAAUAUACUGUUCGUGGUACAUUUCUUAUACUCGGAGGAGUGUUUAUGAACAGUCUAGUAGUUCCAGUUUUGUUAUUAAACAAUGAUAACUUUCGCAAUGGAAUGGAAGGAAAAAAUAAGCAAUUAAAAGACCUGAAUAAAAAGCUCACUCAUGAUAAUGGUGCAAGUACGGAAAUGGUUGUGUUAAUACAAGAACCGAAACAUAAUUCAGUGAAAAGUGACGACACUCUAGAUGAAGCGCAAACUCAAUCGGAAAACACAUGCAAUCACUCUGACUUAGAAAUUAGAAAGACGUUAAAAUAUCCCUCUAUAAUAGAAUGCCAAUUCUUAUUAUUGCUGUUAGCUUCAGCAAGUUGUAUUCCUGCAUUGAAUUCAUAUCUUGGAUUAAUAGUGGAUAUAUUUAUAUGGAAAGGUUUUAGUGUUUCCCAGGGUCAAGUAUCAUUUGUACCAUUCAACGUGUUCAGCAUUUUGUCUAAAUUUAUCCCUGUUCUCGCUAAGAGCUACAUGAAAUCAUUAAGUUGUUUUGUAAUGCCGCUGUGUUUCUGUGUAAUUGGACUGAUCAGCCAAGUUUUGGUGUAUGUGUCUAACAAUUAUAUAGUAUUGAUGAUUGGCACAAGUUGUGUUGGACUAUCUCUAGGUGGUGUUUUUCCUGCAAUGUUAAUUGCUGGGGCUAAAAUAGUUCCAAGACGAGAAUGGCCAGUUGUUUCGGGUCUUCUGAUGUCCGUCAUAGGCAUUAUGUCUUCUGGACUUGGUCCACUUUUUGGAUUUGGACGAGAUAAAUCUGGAACAUAUACAUAUGUUAUAUUUACAAUCGGGAUUCUUCAGACAGUUGGUAUUAUGCUUUUCAUGUGUGCCUUGAUAACACGGAAACGAAUCAACCGGUCGCGGCGGAUGAGUGAGUAACACGGUCGAGAACUGUUACAAGAAAGGAGUUCUUCUGAAAAAUUGUCAUAUCUUCUUACUGUCAUGGAGUUCUUCUGAAGAUUUUUUUAACAAAGAAAAAAUUACAAUGGAAGUUGUGGGCGUCCGUGGCCGAGUGGUAAAGGUCGUUGACUUCAAAUCACUUUCCCCUCACCGCUGUGAGUUCGAUUCUCGACCGGGACUUUGGAUUCUUUCAUGUGAGGAAGCUAUCCAGCUAGCUUACGGAACGUCGGUGGUUCUACUCAGGUGCCCGUUCGUGCCUGAAAUAAUUCACGGAAGGGCACCUGAGGUCUUCCUCCACCAGUAAAGCUGGAACGUCGCCUAUAUGACCUAUAUUGUGUCGGUGUGAUGUAAAACCCAAUCAAAAUAAAAAACAAUGAAAGUUGUAAUUCUUCAUCUUCAAAAGGAGACUGCGGUGUUAUAUUCAAGCGUGAUGAUGAAGAUUGCCAAAUGCAUUGCUCUGUGGGUCAAAAAUAUUAUAUGGUCUAAGUCUUGGUGCCACAUCUUAAUAAUUAAAAUACUGUUCUCAAUAUUUUGAGAGAAAAAAAUCGAAAUCGUUGGCUUAUUCAUCUCACUCCGUUCAAAAACCUGCCAGCCACAUGUUCCCUAACAAAGAAUUAAGUGAAUCACAAUUUGUAGUCCUAAAAUCAUGAAAACCUUCAUAAAUUGAGUUCUGGACCCGGUACCCUUUUAUGUAAAGAACAAAUUACCUGCAAAAAGGUUCUCUUCGUUUCAACACUCUGAUUAGGAAAUAUGACAGAGUUGUCCAGUAAAGAACAGUAAAGAGUUUUCGAGUUACCAGAAACGUUAUCGAGAUAACCAGUUCAAAAAACGUAACAGAUAAAGAUAAUUAUAUUAAAAAAUAUGACAGAGUUGUUGCCGAUGGAGUAGUUCAGUUAAGAAAUGUGACAAAGUUGGCUUGUUAAAAACUAUGGCAGAAUCGGAAACGACCGAGUUGUCAAGUUAAGGAACGUUACGUUGUCCAUUAGAAGUGUUUCUAGUUUUCCAGAUAAAAACGUAACCACCUGAGUAUUUAAUGAAAGUGUAAAAUAGUUGUAUUGUUUAAAAGAUACGACAGAGUUGUCUGGUUAAGAAACGUCACUAUGUUAUCUAGUUAAAGUUACCCAGUUAAGAAAUAUGACAGAGUUGUCGAGUAAAAUAUGGCAGAAUUGUAUAUAUUGGUAUUAUGGUUGAGUUUUCUAUUAUGUUUCUGGACUGAAUAAUCUAAUAACAAAUAUGAUUGACUGAGUUGUUAAGUUAAGAAAAUAAUUUUUUUUUUCACUCAUUUUAUGAUAAUUCCCAAACUAGCUGCACUCUUACCGAACAUGAAUGCUCCUAAAAAUAUUUAUAGUUAAUAACUACUUAUAGUUCAUAACUAUGAUGUUUGCAAAGUAGUACAUAUCUUAUCCUGUUAGGCUCUAUUAAACAUGUUAUGGUUAUUUUUAAACAUGAACUGUUGCAUCUAAUUUAUUGAAGUUCAUAGCGCAAAUAGAAAAGGACAAAACGAAUAUAAAUCUGAAGCGUUUUGUUAUCCAAUCUUUCUUACUCGUCUUGAUAAUAUUUAUUCACGACUUUCUUUUGUUUGAAUCUGAUAAACGUAAAUUUAUUUAUGACAUUUUCAGUCUUAAUAUUGAAAGUACUCCGAUUUUAUUACGGUUGUAGCAUGAACUGUUUUGAAAAUAAGUACCGUCUUACCAAGAUAUUAAUUUUAAGUUUGUUCAAUAUAUAUGAAGAUUUAGAACAGUUUUAUUAAAGAAGUUAACUUUAUAAUUCACCAAUAUCCAUAAACUUACAAACUUUUUGUCUGAGUAGAUCAGACUUAUAUUUAAGUAGAAAUGUUCAUAAAUUCAAAAAUAACGUAGAUUAUCUAAAACAAGAGACCGUUUGUUUGUACACAAUGUUGCCCCAGUGCUAGCUGGCUUGAGAGAUAUUCUUAUAAUGUAAGCUUCAAUUAAGUUUCCUCACUUUCAAGGUAAAUGAAUUAUUUGUAAUGUAUGCUAAAUGAAUUGAGAAAAGACAUCCACAGUUUUUUUUAAAUCUCUCUACUGGAAUCACUAGAAAUCUGUUAAUGUUCGGCCGCCUAUGACAAUAGAACUUACUGAUUUGUUUUUUUUUACCUCAAGAUACCUAGUGCAGAUAUAACACGUUAGGCUUCAACUUAAGUCAACGGGCGAAAUAAUUUAACAUUUUAACUUUUGAAGAAAAAAAGAAAACAUGCCUAGAGAUAUUGACUCUAGGGUUAACAUGAAAUUAAUUUAGAUGAGUUUACUAUUAUAUUUGAUAAAAAAGUGAAAUUUUUAAAUUUGAUGGUACAGACUGUAGUGAAAAUGAUAUUCACUUACAACCUGGUUCAUACAUGUAGUACAAAAUACAAAGACUGUCUGUGUAAACUUCCAGGUUUACUGAUAGAGGGAGACAUCAGGUGCGCCUCCGUGCAUUAAUUCGGCCACCUAGAGGCGGAAC